CUGCCCAGGGAACAAUCAGGCAGCGCGAGCGAGAGUGCCACUUGAAUGGAUUUUUGUCGGUGAAUAACUUUGCUGCUGGUUUCUCCACAUUGGCCCUCCGCUCGCUUUUCUGCCGGCUAGUUCUAAUAUUUGAGAGAUUAGCUAUACUAAGUGGUAUAAGAAGCACUCAACACCAGUACACUACUCGGUAAAGUCUGUUAGCAGCAAACCCCUGAGGUCGGUUUGUGCGGCUUAACUUUUGCAAAGUGGACGUCCUGGGAUCUUUUGGAAUCUUAAUGGACUAAUAUGAAGAGCCUGAAGGCAAAGUUUCGGAAGAGUGAUGCCCAUGAAUGGAACAAGAAUGACGAGCGUCUCCUCAGUGCAGUGGAGCAUGGGGAGGCAGACAAAGUCACGUCCCUCAUCUCAAAGAAAGGAGCCAAUCCCACCAAGCUUGACAGCGAGGGAAAGUCUGCUCUACAUGUAGCAGCCACUCGAGGUCAGGUGGAGUGCCUUGCAGUCAUCCUGGCUUAUGGGGCCGAUGUUUCUCAACAGGAUGCUUCAGGGUUUACUGCUUUACACCUUGCUGCCAAAAACAACCAUACUGAGUGUGCCAAAAAGUUGAUACAGAGUAAGUGUGUGGUGGAUGCUGUGGACAUCUCGGGAAGGACAGCUCUUCAUCACGCAGCUGCCAAUGGAAACACUGUGAUAGUCCUACUUCUCUGCAAGCACAAGUGUCAAGUCAAUCUUAAGGACUUGGAUGGCUCAACGGCACUUCUUUUGUCUGCCAGACAUGCACAUGCAGAAGUCUGCCAGAGUUUGAUGGAUUGGGGCGCUGACGUCAACGCUAGUGACAAAAACGGCAGAACUGCAGUGAUGCUAGCCAGUGAGAGCAGCUCUUUUGCUGCUGUAGAGCUGCUUGUGCAGAGGGGAGCUGACCUGCACUUGGUGGACUCGCUGGGCCAUGACGUUCUGCAUUAUGCCAAACUUUCAGGAAGCAGUGAAAUCCAAACCAUUCUCAAUGCAGCUCUCCACACUCAGCAGUCUGAAUCCGAUAAGAGUCUUGCAAGAACCCCUCAGGUAAGCAAGCAUGGUCAAAUGGCUAAGCUAAAUGAUGACAGAAGCUCCACCCCCAAAAAGAGAAAAGCUCCUCCUCCUCCUCCCAUUAGCCCAAUCCAGUCAGCUGGUUUUGCCUCACCACCUUAUUUGACUCCAUCUGAAACUCCUUUGUCAAGUAAAAGUGAUUCAUCUAAGAGAUUCAGUUACAAGGAGGAGGAGGAGGAGGAGCUGAAGAGUGCUGCACUAAAGGAGGAGAUAGAAAAAUUGCAUGAGGAAAAGAUCAUACCGCUCAAGACCAUUGAAGAUCUGAAGCAGAUUGUGGAGCAGACUGAGCCCAAGGCGAAGCACUGUGGGAAUGCAGAUUCAGUGCUGAUUGCAGCCCUGCAAGCAAAAAUAAAUAGUCUCUCCCUGGAAAACCAGCAGCUCGCCCAAAUAAUAAAGAAACGUCCAGCUCCCCAAGGAGAGGAAGGCCAGGGCGGAUCCCGUCCAAACAGCAUUGAAUCUAAUGCCUCAUACCACUCCACUCGUGCAGAUUUUGAGCUCUCCAGUGACAUACACAUCCACACUAGUGACAAAGAGGAUCUCUCAGAGUUGUCUGCUCUCAUUGGCUCCUCUCAUAAACAUGAGAUGGAGGAAGAAGACAUAAAGGUAUGUUCAGAUGAAGAAGUCGGGCUGUUACGGGAUGCACUAGAGAAUUUACAGGCCAAACUGCUACAGUCUAGAAGGGAGAAUCGCUCCCUUCAGGCCAGACUCAACACUGACUCUAAAAUGGAGAAGUUUAGGGAUGAAGUUAUGUCUAAAAGCAUGGGCGAACUACAAGAUACCCCAAAAUACCAAGAAGCUUUACAAGAGUUUCAGGCUCUCAAGUACGUGAGGGGAGAUUUAAGUAGAGAAGACGACGAUGUGGUGCAGAAGUUUCAGUAUUUGAAGGGCUGUCUAGAGCAAGAGGUAAAAGAACUAAAGGGAAAGUUGGCCAAAUCACAGGAGGAACAAAAGCGGGAUGCUUGUUUGAUAAGGGAUCUUCAGGCUCAAAUCCAGAGUGGUAAUGUAUCCGAGAAUGAGCAUCAAGACUUGAAGAACACCUACAAUGCAUUGGUGGAGAAUAUUAACCAGGAGAAGACGCUGUUAAUCGAGAAGUACAAGGAGUCUCAAGAGGAGAUCAAGAUGCUUCACGAGGCCCUCCGCAGCGCUGUGCCUGUUGAGGCUGCUGCCAAAGACUUUGAGGAGAUGAAGGCAGAGCUCGGUGAGAUUAUUGAUGGGCUGCAGAGGCGGCUUUUGGAGCUCUCGAAAUCAUACAGCGAAGCCAAAAGCGAGCUUAGCACUGCCCGCAACCAGCUGCAGGCCAAAGCUUCAGAGCCUGAGGACAAGCCAGACGUGGUGUGUGUCGCCAAAGAGGAGCACGAGCAGAAAAUUCAAGAGCUGGCUUUCAAGAUGAAGGACGUUCAGAACAUUCUGAAGGACACAGAGGCCAAGCAUCAAGCAGCGCUUAGAGAAAUUGCCCAGCUCCAUCUAGAUGCAGAGAACCAGGCCCUGACUUCUGUAGCCAUUGCAGACCACACCCAGGUCGUGGCUUCCUUGGGGAAUGCCAUCAAGAACCUGGAGGCUGAAGUUGAAAUUCUUCAACAGCAGCUGGCCCAGAAGACUUUGCAGGUGGAUGGUUUGCAGAAUAGACUGACAGUUGAGAAAGAUGUAACUCCGGAUGAUUUGUUAUCCAGACUGGAAUAUGAGCAAAUGAGAGAGACACUGGAGGGUGAGAUAAGUCACUUAAAUGACCUGCUAAAGGAUGCUCUUAGAAAACAGGAUGAGAUGGCACUGGAGGUGACGGCUGCAUGGCAGGAAUUGAAAGACAGCAGAAAAGAAAAAGAAGCUGCACAGGAGCUUGCUUUAUGUAGGGAACAGGAAUGUAGUGCGGUAAACACAAGGUUCAGAGGGUCCCAGGAUGUCAUUGUUCAGUUAAAGAAGCAGUUGGAGAACCAUGUGAACUCCGAGAGAGAGAAAAAUAAAAAGAUUGAUGAGCUGUCAAAGGAGGUUAUCAAGUUGAAGGAUGCUCUGAACAGCCUUUCGCAGCUGUCAUACACCACCAGCACCCCUAAGAGACAACAGAGCCAGCAGGUGGAUUCACUUCAACAGCAGAUUAAACAACUGCAAUAUCAACUUGCUGAGUCCAAGAAAUGUCACCAUGAAAUUGUCUCUGUUUACCGAAUGCAUCUUCUCUAUGCUGUGCAGGGCCAGAUGGAUGAAGAUGUGCAAAAGGCUUUGAAACAGAUACUAGUAAUGUGCAAAAUGCCAACUGAGGCCAAGUGAUGAAGCUGACACUGUAGUUGUUCGUGAACUGCCAAAAAACGGUGAUCUAAGACAAUGUAUCCGAGGACUCAAGUCCAUGAUUCAUCAAUCAACACUACACAUUUAAUCAUGCUGGGUAAUUGAAAUUGCCUUUGGCCGUCCCCACAUAUUGUGGAGAAAAAUAGCGAAGGAAGCAAUCGAUCCUGCUAAGUGUGCACAAAAUCUCCUAGGUCAUACUGUACCAGACACAGAAAUAGAACCUACAGAACAGAUAUUUUUAAAUUUAUUCUUAAAAGCAUUUCUAUUUUUGUCAACAACAAACAAAUUUGAUCAGUAUUUGAUCUUGUUACAAUGUAAUCUGAAUUAAUUUUAGUUUCCAUUGAAGUAGACUACCUGUCAGUAUCAGUUAAAGCACAAUGCACAUUUUAGCAGAGUGCGCUGGCCUGCAAAGCAGUUCAACGGUACUCACCUAUGACAACCGAGUUUUCUUUCAAAUGAAGUUGUAGUUUGUGUAUUUUCUAAAAUUGCAACCUGUUGUAGUAACAGCAUGCUGUGAAAAUUGAAGUGGUUCAAUGUUUGUUCUAAGGCAUUGUGAACUUUUUGAAUGAUCUACUAUUUCAGGGUAUGUGCUUUGACAAAAUGCCCAUGCGCCAAAUGCACUUUCCUUAGAGAAUAGUCGGUCUUCCUUUAAAGCCAGCAUUUACCUGCCAUAUCCAGGACACCUAAUGUGUUAUGCCCAUGUGCCUCUGCUAAUUUCUAAGGCCCAUGGUAAUGUUUUGGAGUAUAAAGCAUUUAAAGCUGCACUAUAUUUCUUUGCAUUAUGCUUGUUUGCUUGGUUAUACCAGGUUGCUGCACUGUAGUAAAAUAUAUUAGUUGUAGAUUUGUAUUUGUCUGGACAUCCUAAACCUGUAGUCUUUUUGAAGUCUUAGCAUGUUAAACAAUUACUUUAGUUAGUGAUAUACUAAAGAUGGGUGGCAUACAACACAGUGAGGGGUGAGGUUUACCCCAAGCACUUCAGUGUAUGAAGGGUCCAUUACCUAGAAAUGACAUCUUUAGGUGCCAUCUUUUGUUAAUCAGAUUUUGUUUGAUAGUUAACUCUCCAGACAACCUGCUAGUUAUUUUCUCGAGUGCCAAUUUAUUACCAAACUUCACUGAGUACAUACAAAAAUACAAUAUCUAUAGAUCAGAUAGCAAAUAUGACUGUUGUAUGAGAUGAUAGAUGCAAAGAUUGCCAUCACCUGUUAAGUAAAAUAAUCUCCUUGAAUAGUUUCCAUCCAUCUCAAGCCCUUAUGAGUGUCAUUUUCACAAUCAGUUCAUAGUUGAGUUGUUUUUGUUUGUUUUCUUAUGCAUUUGUAUUGUGAGUCAGAGAACAAGUUGUUGGCCAAGUAUGUUUGCUUAGUAAUUAAACUUGUUAUGA